CUUCCGGAUUGUAGUUGUGAGGCAGCCAUGACAUCGUCAUCGCUCAUGACACUAGCAGAGCGCGUGACGCGCGACGUGCGUGUCGGUGCUGGAAGUUGCGAGGAACGCGGUUGUUUCUUGACUGAACGACUUUCCUUCGCCGCUGGAACAGGGACUGUUGUAGCUUUGGCACGAUUGUGGUGAAUGGCACGUCCGUCUUCUGGCUGAGAGGCUUUGAUGACUUGCUGGCUCGGUGUAGCAGGCGCUUUACGUUUUGCUAGAACGACUUUUGCGCGUUUUCUUGGGUGCUGCACUGCUUCCUCAUCAUCAAAUUGCGAUGCCGCACCUAGAGUUUCGUCCAAACUCGGGUCAUUGAUGUGGAAGUCAAGCUGCGCUUGUGCCAAAUCAGAGUUUUGUGUCAUUUGGGUGAAUGGGAAGGCGCCGCCUUGCGUCAGACCGUCAAAGUCAUCUGUAUGAUCAUGAUGUUCCAAAGCACCUUGAGAAAUGGAUGGAAUGAAUCCCUCGGUGGCCAAUUGAACUUGGUCGAGGCCCGUUGCUUGUAGUUCCGGAUCAAGGAUUUGCUCCUCCUCCCGACGCGACACCUCCAAGCCAUCUUCAUGACCUUCCACCGAUUCAUCAUACUCUACCAUUUGAUCUGCAUGUUCUGCAGGAAAGUGGAGUUCUGGCAAGACUGGCAAAUGACCACCAUUUUUCCUUUUGAGAGUCUUGACACGUUCCUUCCAUGAUUGCCAGGUGUGGCUGGCAUGCUGCUGAGCGAGGGCAACAUACGUCUUGGCAUGAUCACCAUGCUUGCGCACAGCAUCAAUCAGGACAUGAUCUUCAGUAGAGGUAAACGGUGCUCGACCACGCCCAGAAGCGCGUGCAGGCGUUGAGUGAGCAGAGAGUGCUGGAUCAAGCUGAGCGACAUCUG